AUGACUCGCUACGGCCACAACACCGAAUUCCAGCAGCAAGCUCCCUUCCCUCAGGGUGGUGACGACCGCCGUCAUGAGCAGGGCGGCUACCAGCAAGGCGGAUACCAGCAAAACAACAACCAGCAGUAUGAUCAACAGCAAGGUGGCUAUCAACAAGGUGGCCACCAACAAGGAGGGUACCAGCAAGGUCAGGGAGAGGCACAGUCUUAUUACGCCCAGUCCCAGCAGAGCCAGCAACAACAAUACCCACCAUCUGGGCAUGGACAAUAUCAGCAGGGUCCUCCUCACGGCUCAGGCCCUCGUGACCAAUUCAACGAAGGCGAUGACCAAGAUGGUGAGCGUGGCUUCAUGGGAGCUGUAGCUGGUGGCGCAGCCGGUGCUUUCGGUGGCCACAAGAUCGGCGGAGCUACCGGACACAGCAAGUCAAGCACUAUCAUCGGUGCUCUGGCAGGAGCAUUCAGUGGUCAUAAGCUGCAGGACGCCGCCGAAGACUGGAAGGACGAUAGAGACGAGAAGAAGGAGGAAGAAAAGAGAAAGGAAGAGGACGAGAAGAGAAGAAAAGAGGAAAAGAAGCGAAGGGAGGAGGAGGAAAAGAACAGACGUGACGACGAUCGCCACAGUUCUCACCACCGUCGUCGAAGCUCCUCCCGUCGCCGAAGCCGCAGCUCUUCUCGCGGCUCCAACCGACGCCGUGAUGGACACUAUGCCGGCAACUUUACUGCCUCGUCGCGAGAUAUCAGACUCGAUGCCCAUGGCGAGUAUGUCCUUCACGCUUCCUGCAAGCGUGAGAAUGGCGACUACCAGCACACAUCCAUCUCCCUCAACAAGUUACUGGAGAACGACAGGGGAAGCUUCCGAUGGUCGGCUGGAGGCCAUCACGGUGGUUCCUCGCAGGUCACGGUCCAGCAGGGAGACACUCUCCGAGGCAUUGCUGCCCGAUUCAACACUUCAUUCGACGAGAUUGCUCGACAGAACAAUAUUAGCAAUCCUGACCUGAUUUACCCAGGACAGACUCUCCAGGUCCCUGGUGGUGGCAGCCAAGGUGGUGGUGGAUUCGGAAACUCGGUGCGAAAUGUGCGCCUUGUUGAUGGAGGCCAAAGGCUAGAGGGCGAGCUGUCUCGUGAUGGUGAUUGGGUUCUGAGCUCCAUCAUCCUUGACGAGCGGAUCAAGAACUUCAACGGUACAUUGGAGUUGGUCUAG